AUGGAGGAUAGCCUGCGGCGUCUUGGAUAUACGCAAAGAAAUAAGCGCUCACAUGCCCAAAUCGAAGAAGGCGAAGGCUCGGCCUCUUCCUUUUACAACACGCACACGCACGACUCCACCCGCGACUCAGGCGUGCACCGGGAGUCGCCCUUCUACGUGAGCAGCGAGCAGGCGCAUGACAGCAACGACGACAACCCUUUUCGCUUCCACUACCGCCGACAGACGUCGCAACAACGACCCGAAAGGCCAGCCUCUGUGGGCGCCGCACAUUCGAGCACGUCGGGUCUGCACCUUCCGCGGGUCGAGAGCAUGGCGUCUUCGGCGCCGAGGCGGUUUGCGGGUGAUGGCUUCGACUUUCGCCGCCCAGCGGGAGCUGCAGCAAGAGCGCACACGAGGGCUACCGUCGACCUAAGUGCCGGAAACGACGACGAUGGCAACAUGCACAGCGAACACACAUCGGCCGGAGGUGUCAUUGACCUGACGGCUGAUGAUUCGGGUUAUGGUGCUAGUCAAGACGGCAACAGCAGACGAACGCAGGAAAACGACCAAGAGACACACGCCCAACUACUUCGAAACAACAGCGGUCCGCGACGGCUUCCACGGGGUAUGGACAUCAUCAUCGACCUGGACAACGGCGACGAAGAGUGGAGGAUAGAUACACCCCCGCCCGCAGAGCCCGGCUCGCCAGACAUACAGUUCAUAUCGUCUCGAGCCAUUGACCCACCCCACCCAGCCCAUCGCAGUAAUUCGGAAGGAGACGAGGUCGAGUUUGUACGCGAAAAUCCACUGCCGCAAGAAGAACGACAACGCCGCCGGAACGAUGAUGUGCACAGGGCAUUGAAUCUAAUCGGCGACAUGAACGGCCGCUUUGUGCAUUUGCGGGCACAGGUCGAACGAUUCGGCGCUCAAGUCAACCGCACAGCUGCCAACUUUCGCCAAGGCCCCGUCGUCCCACCGCGGGGAGCGCCGCGCGCCCGAGGACAUAUCCAUUUGGGAUUCGCAGCGCCGCUGCUCGACUUCGACAUGGUUGCCUUUGACCUGGGCCAUGAGCCUGCGCGAGCACCACCUGCACCGCAAACGUAUGAACCACCAGCCAAAGCACCCGAGGGCUUCACGAGGAGUCCAGAGGAAGAAGGUCCUCUGAUCUGCCCCAACUGUGAAGAGGAGCUGUGUGUAGGCGACGACGAAGUCAAGCGACAAGUCUGGAUCGUCAAGACUUGCGGUCACGUCUACUGCGGCGAAUGCACAGCGAACCGAUCGGCCAAGAAGAGCAACAAGGGCAAAGAAAGACCUCCAAGAACAAAGCCGUUCAAAGAGUGUGUGGUGGAAGACUGCGGCAAAAAGGUUACAAAUACCAAAGCCAUGUUUCAAAUCUUCUUGUAAACACAUUUGGGGCGCAUGGAUACGGAAGCUUAGUGCGAAGAUACCCCGUUCCCAGUUGGU